CAUCUAAAAAGCGUGGGCGGCUAAACUUCUUUAGCAAACGUAAGAUAUAUAAUCAUAUAUCGAGGAAGACAACAAGUCACAUGAAGCAUCGCUUUACGUUAAUCCGGAAGUUUUUUCCUUUCUCCAGUUGCAUUCUGGGUAGUCGUAAAACGCACGAAAUACUCUCGCCGCUGAUUCAUUGGUCGCACGUUGCAGAAGCUUGAAAGUUUGAAGACCGCGGAAAUCAACAAAGAACAACUUCAAAUUAAGGAUCUCUGCAAAUAUGUCCAUCGGCGUGCCCAUCAAGAUCCUGCAUGAAGCAGAGGGUCACAUUGUGACCUGUGAGACCAACACUGGUGAAGUGUACAGAGGCAAGCUCAUUGAGGCUGAGGACAACAUGAACUGCCAGAUGUCCAAUAUCACUGUGACUCAUCGGGAUGGCCGUGUAGCCCAACUAGAGCAGGUCUACAUCCGGGGCAGCAAGAUUCGCUUCCUGAUUUUACCGGACAUGUUAAAGAAUGCUCCUAUGUUGAAGAGCAUGAAAAACAAGAACCAGGGCACCGGAGCAGGAAGGGGGAAGGCAGCCAUUCUCAAAGCCCAGGUGGCUGCAAGAGGACGGGGUCGUGGUGGAGGAAUUGGAAGAGGAACCAUUUUCCAGAAGAGGCGAUAGUAUCUGCAAUGGUUAAUUAAAAAAGAUCGCAUGGUAGUGUUUUUAAUGUUUUUUUUCUUAAGAGAAUACUUUUUUUCCUUUAGCCAGACUUUUACAUUUUCCAAGACGGACACGUGUUUUUGACAUUGUAUUUUUUUUUUUAUAUAUAUAAAUGUAUAUUUGUAAUAAAUUGUCGGUUCCCCUGUCUGCUAACUUCUA